CCCUUCGCGCACGCACCGGCGUUGUGGUUGUCUGCCAGGGGCUGUUACAGUUGCCUUUUCGUCCAGUUUUUUAAGCCAAAUUUUUUUACAUGACACUUUUUCAGUCUUGGCUGUUUUUAACUAAACGUUUUAACCGGAUGAAAAGAUUUUAGUCGUCGGACGUUUGGAACUCAAGUUACCAGAGACACAAGCUGAGCCCCAGCUCCCGGGCCCUCCGAGACCUCCCACCAGGGGUUUCAAGACUCUCGAUUGUUUCAGCGUGCAAGGUUCCUAUUCUGACACGAACCCGCCUUUAAUCAAAUUACCACACAGCAAACCUGGGGGCCCUGCACGUAUACGAAACACAACACACAAAACUUGCCAAGUACAAAAUACUAAAUAUGUGUGAUGGCACUGUAUGUUCAUUUGGGUUUAACAUCCCGACUUUACUGACAAUGAAUAAGGCAGAAUAUGUCUGAAUAUCGUUAUGAUUUCUGUUCCUGUAUCCAGAGGAAUCACGAGACACUGUCAUUACCUUAUCAUGUCCUGUCAGCUGACCUCCCCUCAUAUUUCUCACCUGACUCUAGUGGUGAACCUCGGCGCUUCCUAGUUUCGUAGUGAACGAAUCCGGGCGCAAUGUCAGUGGACAAGCGACAGACGCAUUUUGACUCUAUUGGUCCGGAUGUGUGUCAGUCGUCCAGGGGGCGGUCUGAGCCCCGUUUUUGCACGAGGAAAUAGGAUCUUGGCGCAAUUACGGUCGCUUGUUGUCGUCGUUCGCGUGAAGCGAGUCGAGUCGAGAAGCGAAGAUGCGCAGAGUCGUGCUUCUCCUCGGGCUCGUCGCUCUCACGGGCCCCUGCGCCGAGGCUUUGGACAACGGCCUGGCUCUGAAGCCCCCCAUGGGCUGGCUGCACUGGGAGAGGUUCGUGUGCAACGUCGACUGCGACAAGGACCCCGACGACUGCGUCAGUGAGCGUCUGUACAUGCAGAUGGCGGACGCGAUGGCGAGGGAGGGCUGGAGGGAGGCCGGCUAUGAGUACGUCUGCAUCGAUGACUGCUGGCCGUCCCGCCAGCGUGAUGCCCAGGGCCGCCUGCAGGCAGACCCCAAAAGAUUCCCGGGGGGCAUCAAGAAACUGGCCGACUAUGUCCAUUCCAAGGGCCUGAAGCUGGGCAUCUACGCAGAUGUUGGGAAAAACACCUGUGCUGGAUACCCUGGCAGUCUGGGCUACUAUGAGACGGACGCUCAGACUUUUGCUGACUGGUCCGUGGACCUGCUUAAGUUUGAUGGCUGCUAUCUGGACUGGACCUUGCUGGGAGAAGGCUACAUAAACAUGUCGAAAGCACUGAACAAAACCGGAAGAAGUAUCCUGUACUCCUGUGAGUGGCCUUUGUACGAGUGGCCUUUCCAACAGCCUAACUACACUGCCAUUCGUGAGACGUGCAACCACUGGCGCAACUUCAAUGACGUCUACGACUCAUGGAGCUCUGUCAAGUCCAUUUUGGACUGGACUGCUUCUCAUCAGGACAUCAUCGUCCCCGCGGCUGGACCUGGGGGCUGGAAUGACCCCGAUAUGCUGGUCAUCGGUAACUUUGGCCUGAGUCACGACCAGCAGGAGUCUCAGAUGGCAUUAUGGGCCAUCAUGGCAUCCCCUCUGCUCAUGUCCAAUGAUCUGAGGGACAUCUGUCCCCGCUCCAAGGAGCUGUUGCAGAAUAGACGCAUCAUAGACAUCAGCCAGGACCCUCUGGGCAAGCAGGGAUACCACACUGCCAAGGUGGACAGUUUUGAAGUGUGGGAGAGGCCUCUGUCCAAGAACCGGCUGGCUAUCGCCAUUCUGAACAAACAGGAGAUCGGUGGUCCCCGAGGGUUUCUCAUCAGAGCGGUUCCGGGCUGGAAGAUCUGCGACCCCCAGUGUAACGUCACACAGAUCCUGCCUCAGUACAAGGAGAUGGGUGUUCAGACGCCACGCAGCAAAGUGGUUGUAUCCGUCAACCCUUCAGGCACCGCUCUACUAACCGUCACUCCCAUCAGCAGCGACUUCGGGAUGCACAAGCUGCACUGGCGGGAUACGUCCGUCAAACACAAGCACGCCACCAUUUUGUAGUCUUCGGGGGGUUAUGCACUUUAUCUGCCUAAACUAUAUUAAGUGUAAAGUCAUUGGAUCUUUGAAAUUUUAAAGCUCAGUUGCUUUUGUAUAUCAGUGCCUACAUUUAAAAAAAAAAGGGAAUUUUUUUUUUAUAGUCUAAAGAGUUUGCUUGAAUCAGCUUUGAUACUGUGACUACAGUAUACUGGCUACAUUUUAUCAUGUUGAAUAAAUCACUGGUGUGUAUUUGGACACAAUGUGAAUUGUCCAGACUACACUGCUAAUAGAGGUUAAAUUAUCUUAAAAGAAAGCUCGAAUUUUGUACAUUCAACAGAAUAUGGUGAAAAUAAA